AAUGAAUUAGGUCUUUAAGACUCAUACCCACAUGGGGUCGAUCGACUUAGUAUACAAUCCCCAAUAAUAUAUAUGAAUACAUCGCCAUCUAGUGGUGUGUUUUUAUUGACAACGUCUGGUGCAGGUGCUCGUGUUUCAACAUUAUUCUACAACGAUAACACGAUUCUACUCAUUAGAUCCAUGCUUACCCAUUCAGGGAUGCAAUAUCUUCUCUGACAUGAAGAAGGUUCCAUGACAAGUUACCUUCCAUGAUGACACAUGAAUGAUGGAGGGCGUUGCAGACACAAAUGAUCCACAAGGAGAGACUCUUGAUUGGGGCAGUCUCUUUGAGGGCCUUGAUGUACAAAAUGUAUAUCCCGUUCAUACAUUCUCUAAGUUUAUUUCUGAGAUUGAAGAUGACACAGACAGGCACAUUGCUACCCUGGACUUCUCAGGGAUAGAGCAGCUAACUGACUAUGCCUUAUGUGUCCUUGCAUCUGCCAAGGGGAGAUUGCAUGAAACAGUUCACAACAUUUCCUUAAUGGGCUGUGCUCAUAUCACCAACUAUGGAAUCCAGAAACUAUCAGAAAAAUUCACUAAAUUGAAAGAGAUCAAUUUGGAGGGAUGUGUGAAAUUGACGACACUCUCUAUUUGCCACCUGCAGAAGAACUGUCCUGACCUGGUCAGAGUAUCAUGUACUAGAGAUCAACAUUUAGACACUACUCUAUUGUCCAAGGUCAACAAUGACAAUGAAAAGGAGACAAGAAAAUCAGAAAAAGAAGCUAUUUUAAAGUACUGUAGAAAUACAUGGAAAUUAGUUAUACUUGGGGAAGAAAGAGCGCAUUUCAACAUUACACAUUUCUUGGAAUCCCAAAAAUUCACCAAGAUCGAAGAAUCAAAUAUACUUUUGCACACAAAGAACUUCAAGGUGGCGGCUACUGAAGAAGGAGAAGAACUGGCACUGAAUAUCUUUGAAUGCCAGAUGAUCAAGUCAUUCUACCCUUCCGUGAUCAGUGAAAAUGCAGUGUAUGUAAUAGUACAAGACAUGAUGAGCAAUGCUUUAAACUAUCAACUCCAUAUUCUCUCUAAGCUGGAAAGUGUCUGGGCAAUAGACCCUGGUGCCCCUUUCAUAUUGCUACUUCUGUACUCUAACGACAAUGCCAAAGAGCAUGAGGAGAUCACAAGAAAAGUGAUGACAGAACUACUGGACCUCUUCAAAGAACAGCAGAAGGAAAAUAAUAGGAUAAAGGAAAAAUAUGAAGAAGGAUCUGCUGACAUGAAUUUUGCUGAGCAGAUUCAGUUUGGGAGGUUGUUACAAACAAUGGAAGCUGACAAUAAAUACAUUGUGGCAAAUGUCAAUAUAGACACUCUAGAGGUUCAGGAGCACCAUCUUUCUGAAAAUCCAACAUCACAGAUUACAAAGGAGGACAUUGCAAAACUAAUGGAAGAUUGGAAUGCAAACUAUUGGGCACCAGCUAUUGAUGGAAUUCAAGGAUUAUCAAAAUCUGAUAUCACAGAGCUCAAAUCCUUCUCCAGCCCACCAUCACUUGUGUUACAAGCAAUGUCGUGUGUAACAAUACUUUUCAAUUUAAAGCCUGAAUGGAGGGAAAUAAAGAAGAUGUUAUCCAACUAUUUGUUCAUAAAUUCAAUGGUGAAUUAUGAGUACAUGGAAAGCUUGACAGAGAAAAUUGUGAGGAAAUUAAAACCUUACAUGAAUGAUGAGCAACUUACUGUGAAAAAUCUUCGAAUGAAAAGUCAAGUAGCAUCUGUUUGCUUCCAAUGGGCUUCUGCCAUCUAUCAAUGGGGUAUUGAUGUGAUGCCCAUUUACAAACAGUUUAAGGCUUCUUCAGACGGUGACGAGAAGAAAAUUAAUUCAUAUCCUGUGAAAACUGGAGAAGAGGGCUAUCAGUCCAUAUUGAACAUGAUAAGAAGUUGCACCAAAACUAUAUCAACAAUGAAUCCUACAUCAGUGAUGCAACCCAUCUCACUUCAAACAUUCACCCCAGUCUGGGAGAAACUUACCUCUCUUGAGGACCUCCCAAGCAUUGUGGAUCAGCACCUCCUCAUUGAGGAGCACCUGAAAAUGGCUGACAGUCAUAUGGAAGUAGAUGAACACCUGAAAUUAUUACACAAAAAGGGCCAACUGGUGUACUUCCCAGAGGCCCCCUAUAGGCAGCCAGUGAUUACUGACAUCCAAUGGUUCAUGGAUUGUGCCCAGAGGUGUAAUGAUUCCAGUGAAGUAGAAGUUCAAGAAAUGGACAUGCUCUGUCAUUGCGUCAAAUAUACACUAGAUAAAAGGAGCAUAACUGACAGAAAGGAUAUUAAUGGACUGUGGAACAACCUGAAAGAAAUCCCAGAAAUCCCAGAUGAAACUGUGGUCUCGGAUAAAGUGACAGGCAAUCGGAAGCCUCCUUUCAAACCUGAUGUUGAAUUGGUUGAGAAAUAUGAAGAAGAUGUUGUCGCUCUUUUCAAAGACAGAGAUAAGUUUAUGCCAGGUGUGAAUGUUGCAAGUGAAGAAAGGGUGAUAAUACGACUGACCAGCAUGUUAGGUUUAACACCAACUGAACCUGUGAGAGAGUGGAUAAAGUAUGAAGUACUUCCUAGUCAGCAUAAACAGGGUACCCUACUGUACUUCUCCAAGAUAGAAAAGCCAGCAGUGAUCUUCAAUGUGUCAUGGUUCCUGGGUUAUCUUACCAAUGCAGAUAUAGGAGAGACAAAAUAUGCAAAUAACAAAAGGGUCCCAGCGUUGGCGCCCAACGUUGCUGUUCUAAACAAACCACUGCUAAAUGAGAUCUUGCAGUUCAAGUCAAGGAAAGGCAAAGCAUAUGUAUUCCAUCUUGUGACACAAACUUUCUGCCAUCUUGGAAUCCUGGUGCGUAUACCACCACAUGGCAUGAGAACUAAACCAGAGUACUUCCCAUACAGCCAUACACACCCCAAAGCUUUCUUCAGGUCCAUUGAACUUGAAUCCAGGUUCUCACAACUCGUACUCAAGACACACGUGUGGGAUGAUGGUCCUGGAGAGGAUGAGGUGCAGGUAAGCUACAGAUAUCGCUACACUCAUGGUCUUCCUGCUGCCCUGGUUCAAACUCUUUUCCAAGAUUUCUGGAAGAUCAGUGAUCAUGUGGUCCUUUGUUGGAGAUAUGGCAUCUUAUUCAGGAUAGGAGUAGUGGAGGUCAUGGUGACACAUCACAUUCAUGCUUCUACAACAAGCAGCUAUUUAGAUGUAAUUGCAAGGGCCACCAAAUUGUACACUAUGGAGAAAGUAUCUGGUCCGGAUAGCAACCCAGAUGAAGGUCUGAGAACUUAUUUCUGGAGUGUCAUGAGUCAAGUGUUGCGACUCAUGGAUUAUCACAACAACUGCUACCCAUUCUUACAUGUUAAGGUAGGGGUGGAUUGCCAGGGAGAGUGUGGAUCAGUGGGACUUCCUCAUUCUUUCUACAACCAUGAAGUAAAACGUUCAGAAUCUUUACAACUUGCUUGUCCUAAAUGUGAUGUAAAAGCUUUGUCUAAAGAUGUCUUGAAAUAUGUGCAAGGUCGCCAGAGAAUCCUUCCUUUCCAUGACUGGGUAGAAUCUCGUGAGAAGUGUAGCUAUUGCAGUAGAUGUACAUCUCACAUGACACAUAACAUACAGGGUAUCAACAGUGCCAGUAUUGACAGUGUGUGUGAGUGUGGCCAAUCUGGUUGGCUCUGUAAACAUUGUGGAAUAUGUCGCAGUUGCUGUAAGGAAGUAUGGAUGCAAGAGUCCAGCCUAUUUCCAAGUUUCAUAAAUGAUGUGAUGGUGCAUACUACUAAGGACAGGCAUAUAAUGAGACCUCUAAAAGGGAACAUCUUACGCGCUUGGGGACAAACGUACAUAUCACAGUGUGACUUGCGCUUUACGGAAAUGGCAAAAUUUACUGUUACACUUUUACAAGCUGCUGGCAUUAGAAUAGCUCUAGAGGCAACAUCUAGACAGGCAAACAAAAGUGAUGAUGGAGGCAUCAAGGAGAAUCUCAAUAUAGAGAUUGAUGGAAGCUCAAGUAAACUUGUUGAAGUUAAGCCUCACAAUGAGCUGAAAGUGCGGAACAACAUUACAUUCUCUCAGCAUGAUGUUAUUGAACUUGUGGCAAAGGAUGAACGUUAUGAAGUUUAUGGCACACAGGAGAUAUUAGUCACAGAGAUUGAGGUUGCUGUAAAUGGCAAGAUGUUCCACAGUUGUGUCAUUCCAGCUAAUGGUUGUUCAGUCAAAGUAAAGUCAACCAAUAAGUCUAAUGGAGAACCUUUAGCAAUUCUCGAGGCAGCAUCAGCCCCAGUGGUAACAGCUGAUCACUUUCAACCUGGUAAGAAGUUAUUACUGAAGAAUGACAUUGGCAACCAAUGGAGAGAGGCAACCAUACAUGCAAUAAACAAUGGCAAGCUUGAAUUGUGUGGGCAAGGCACAUCAGUGAAGGUUGUUUCUGCUUCCUCUGACAACAUCAUGCCACUGAAGUCAGAGUGGUCAUUUGCUAUGGAGAACAGAGGAUUAGAUAUUAUACAAUCAGAUGGAGAUCAUCAGGAUAUGUCAUCUCUACAUAUGGUGAGUGAGCCACUUGCAUUGUUCCCAAGGUUUAAUGAUGCUAUGUCUGUUUAUGAACCAGCUGAGAGAUACAAGGCCACUGCCACACGAUGUAGCAUUCCAUUAUGCUCACCCUGGGCUUGUAAAUUAAGUUCAAAGUUUGAUAAGAUACCAAGGACAUUUCAACAUAACCACCUUGACGUGCUUUACACAGAGACUCUGAAUGUGACUCUUUUGCCAAUACUCUCAGAGAUACUCUAUUUCUACAACCCUUGUAGAAAGUCUCUACAUAACACAGCCCCAAAGACAAUGGGCUUUGGCUUUAUUUGCCAGGAUUUCAAAGAUGAAGCUAGGAUCCUAUCCCAAGAAGAAUCGGUGUUUGAAGGGGCACCUGCUUUACCUCCUCAACACCUGCUUGACCAAGCUAUGGUGCCUGUUGACCCAGAACACUUCACCCUACAGCAGACACUUGCUUCGCUCAAUUCUACCAAACACAAUGGCAGUGUCUUCACCAAGUUAUAUGCUCUUAUCAACACCACCAGGGCUCUCUUUAGUAACAAGAAAAUGCUUAGAGAUGUUGACCACCUAUGUCAGGUGUAUCCUCACCUAAGAUCAUGCAAGGACCAUGUCAGUGUUUCAUGUAUUGAGGGGGUGAGAGAGUUCCUUAGACUCCUUCAUGACACAUACAUUCUUGCUGUCACAUUGUCACAUGACAAUUCACAGGUUGCUGAGAAUUUGAAACUACCUCUUGAACAACGUAAAUCGUGUCCAGUAGAAGCCCAUAAAGCUAGUAUCAGAAGUUACACGCCAGGUUUGGCAGGGGGUGAUCUCAGGGGUUUGGUUAUUGCAUCUGGAGUGGAGAAACCCCCAAAUGGAUUUCUACAAGGUUGCCCAUUGCUGGAAUAUCUUGUUGAUAGACCAUUAGAUUUGACUGCUGUGCAUGACAAACCUGAACCAAACCAAGACCUAAAGCUAGAAGGAGGCAAUCUUAUAUGGUUAACAUUAUCAGAUUCCAUACCUGCAAACCUCACUAGCUUCACACAGCUUGCAACUUUGGACAUAAGUGGUUGUGGGUUGAUGAGGCUACCAGAGAGAUUAGGAGAGUUACACUGUUUAAAGUUCCUUAACAUCAGCGAGAACUUUAUCAGAGCUUUGCCCGAUUCCUUCUGUGAGCUGAAUCAACUGGAGAUACUCAUAUUUAAUGGGUUACCUCAGCAAAAUAAACAGGUUGAAGCCAGUACAUUAAGAGAGGCUUGGUUGGCAUGCUGUGAGGACCCUGACUUCAACUCUGUAAACUCCACCCAGAGAAGCCACACCUGUACGAUAGCAGGAGAGAAAAUCACCACAUACCCUCGUCUCUUCACCUCCCAAGAGGAUCCAUCCCGAGGUGGUGUUCCCUGGCAGAUUUUCCAGUUACGGAGGCUGGCAUUUGUGAGUUUGAGAUGCCAAGGGAUAACUGUAGUGCCCAAUCAGAUAGGAGAGCUAAAGUACCUCAAAGCUGUGCAUCUCUCCCAGUGCUACCUACUGGAGAGCAUCAGUGGAGAAAUAGGACAUUCAAACUUCAAAGAUAUUAACAUAGAUGAUUGUAUAUCACUGAAAACCCCACCUCUAGAAAUUGUCACCCAGGGCAAUGCUCAGGUUGUCAACUACCUGAAGAGGCUCAAGUUAGGAUCAGUUGAAUGUUACAGGACCAAACUGAUGUUGGUUGGACUUGGAGGCGCUGGGAAAACUAGUUUGAUUCGGUCCCUGAUGAGUAAAGACAAUGGUCACAAGGCUCCUACAAAACUGGGAGACAAUAUCACUGAUGGUAUUGACAUUUCAACAUGGCAGGUUGAUGCCAAACAUGACCAGACUCUCAGCUAUAGUGUGUGGGACUUUGCUGGCCAGAGUCUCUAUUACAACACCCACCAGUUCUUCCUGUCGAAGAGGGCAGUGUACCUACUUAUAUGGAACACAAGGCUGGGGUAUGAACAUGCAGGUCUGGACUUUUGGUUGAGUUCCAUACAGAGCCAUGCUCCUGAAGCACCCAUAUUUAUAGUGGGAACACAUGCUGAUAAGGUGUCAAAAAGUGAGAUUCCCCAGAUUGACUUGAAGGAGCGAUAUCCCAGCAUUGAGGGCUUCUUCAAGAUAAGCUCGCUGACUGGCAAGGGAGUUGUUGAGCUGUUAGAUGGGAUCAACGAAGCCACUCUUAAACAACCAUACAUUGGAGAGAGAGUACCUCAAGCCUGGAUAGGUCUUGAGAGGGCAUUAAUCAAAGCUAGGUCUGGUGACAGUAUAUUAGACUGGGACAGAGUGGUUAGCAUGGCAGAAUAUCAGGGCAUCAAUGACAAAGAGGUCGGCCAGGUUAUAAGAUUCCUAAAUGACCUUGGUGUAAUACAGCACUUUGAGAAGCAGCGAUUGAGGGACAAAGUGGUUAUCAAUCCCCAGUGGAUAGUUGAUGUCAUGUCCUGCAUUGUUUCUGUGCACGACAACAUUAUACAAGAUGGAAAACUACAACAUAAAGAUGUCAGCACUAUCUGGAAGAAAUAUCAACCUGAACUCCAUGAUUGGUUGUUGCAUUUGACAGAAACGUUUGAUUUGACAUUUCCACUCCCGGAUGAGGAAGCAAAUAUAGUUCCUUGUCUGCUUCCAUCUGCAAGACCAAAGAUUGACAUGCCUUUACUUGGCCCUGAAGAAUAUGAGAGAAAGCUUGUCUAUGUAUUUGAUUAUUUGCCAGCUGGUCUCUUCAACAGAGUGCAGGUGCGUUUGUGUCAGUAUACAGACAAUGCCCUCAUGUGGAAAAAUGGCUCACUACUGAAAAAGAAUAACCAGAUGGCGCUCAUAACAAAGUUUGAUCAGUCCAAGCUGCAAAUUGAAGCUAUGGGAGUGAAGCCAGACAAUAUGAUCCUGCUCAUACAUGAGGUGAUAGAGAGUCUAUUGUACGAGUCAUUCCAUGGAGUCAAAUACAAAUACAUGCUCCCAUGUAAAGAUUGUAUCAAAGAGGAGGUUAAUUCUCCAAUGAUGUUCACCAGUGAUAUAUUGAGAAGGGUGGUAGAUAGAAGAGCUUUAUUCCUACAAUGUCACAAACAUUUCCACUCAAUAUCUAUACAAGAAGUCCAAGCUGCAAUUUUGCCAAGUGAUGCCAAUGAUUUUGAUCUACAAAUACAGAAUGCUGUGCAAGGUUUAGAUGACUUGAAGCAGAACUUCCUACAUGACAUAUUCUUCCUCUACUGUCAGGCUGAUAUACCAGCUGAUAAGUCUGAUGAGAGCCAGCUUCAUCCAGGAAAACUGAUGAAAGAUCUAGAAGAAGCUGGCUACUCAUGUUGUUUCAAGGAAAAUCUCACAAAUGUUGAUGUGGAGGAUAUCAUGACUGCAAUGCAAGAUUCAAGGCAUAUCCUAGUAUUCAUCUCUACAGACUUUGUACAUGAUCCCAUCUGUCAAAGUAUGUACCUUCAUGCCAGGAACUUUCUCCACAAGCCUACAAUUCUGGCCAUGGUGGGCACUAACAGGGACUGGCAGAACACAAACAUUGGAAUGAUGGUCUCUCAUCAGGUGUAUAUUAACAUGCAGAGGAUGUCCCAAUACCCUGACAAGCUAAAGGAACUCAAGAGCAGAUUAACACAGAAGGCUGUCAAGAAGAACAAAUCUGAGAAAUUUGAUGUGUUUCUGAGUUACUGCUGGUCCAACAGUGGUAGUGCAGUGAAGGCUGGUAAAGCUAGGGGUAAGCCUGGCUCUGUUGGGGCAGGGGAUCCAAGGCUCUUGAAGGAACAGUUGGAGGCCAGUGGUGUCAAGUGCUGGUUAGACAUAGAACAAGUUGGUGAGAAUGGUCUAUUUGAGGACAUUGUGAAUGGCAUUAAAAACUCCAAGGUGAUAAUUGCAUGUAUAUCAGAUGAGUAUGUGAGCUCAGCCAACUGUCAAAGUGAGUUUAGGUUUGCCCACAUAACUGCAGGUGCACCCAUUGUGUUGGCUAUAAUGGGGACUGGGUGUAAUUGGGAGGCUACAGAGAUUGGACUGUUGUCAUUGGGAUAUCCGAAAUAUUCAUUCCAAGCUCCCAACAAUGCAGCAUUCCCCCAUUUAUUAGAAACAUGCAAGGAAACAAUUCAAGAACUAAAAGAAAAAGAGACUGAAAUGAACAAGAAUAACACAUCUGAUGUAAAAACAAAACUGUCUCAGAAUGCUUAUCAAGAAUUGUAUGAGUUAGCUCAGAGGAAGUUCCUGAGACAGAUCACAAUGAUCGAUCCCCAUCAAACUUGGCACAAACAAUACCCACGGCUAUUUGUCAUUGAUGUGUACAAUGAGAGUAAGUCAGAUACAAACACUAUUCCCGAUGAGAAGGAUAUUCCAGAAAUGUGUUUCAAGUUUCUAUGUGAACAUGAAGGUGGAUGGCAUACUUCGAAAAACUGCUUUAGGAUCAACCUAAAUAAGGAGUCUGUUGUUGAUCUAUUAGAGCUGUGUGCACCUUACCUAGCUAGGAUACACAUGAUACUUAAGCACAGUGAUGUGGGCCUUGCAUGCCUUGAUGUACCUGCUGGCAAGCUCAUAAUGGAAACACUUGAACGGCAUACUGGCAGUGUGAACCAGUUGAAUAAUGUUUACAAGAUCUUGAGGCAGCAUAUAAUGCACAUGGAUGGAAACAUACAGGCCAAUGCCCCAUAUGGUGGCCUUGCAAGAUGUCAGAUGCCAUGGAGUGGUAAGAUACUGUGGUUGUGCAAGGAGCACCAGGAAGAGACCAAAUCCUCAGUGACCAGUGAUAUGGACCCUGUAGCUCCCUUUGAUCACUGGAGAGAAGCUGCUAUUAUUGACCAACUUAAGAAAUUGAGGGCAGCAACAGAGAAAAGUGACACACAUGGGGAGACCACAGAGAACAUGAAACCAAAGAUUAUCAGAACAAGUCCACAUUCUGAGUCGAGUGUAGACCAUAACGCUUCAAGAACUCUACCAGAAAGCCCGAUUCCAGAUGAAAGCAUGAAACGGAGUGACUCAAAUGUCUCUAAUGAUAUUGAAUUCAUUGAUAGUGGAGAAGGUGUUCAUAUAAAUGGAGACAGACGGAGAGAUUUGAUUGGUUCGCAGAAUGAUAGAUACAGGCCUAAGAGAAUGGCUGUAGCUGGAAAGGAACUAAGUAGAGCCUGCAGUAUAAGCUAGUACUGAUAAAAAGCAUUAUAUUGAAAUAAAACAACCAAAGAUUAGCAGUCAAAUAUGAUUUGAGAAAGAAAUUGCUUAUUCCCAGAGCUAUGUACCGUCAAAAAGAAUUGUAGGAUUCUCAUGUGUUUGUGUAGGAUGCAUUUUAUGACAUUUACGACAUGA